CUCAGAUGAGCUUUUUAAGUGCCUCGUUCCCGCGCAAUGGACUUUAAUAGUAGUACCUACGACCAGAAGUAUUUUAACUUCACAGCGACACAACUUUCAGCAGAGCGCGAACACAUUGUGCAGGACAUCAUUAAAAAGGGCAUAGGACAGAUCAUAGACAGGAUAAAGACCCCGGCAACAGCGGAUCUAUUGGAGGCCCAAAAGGAAACCGUGGAGCGUCGUUUUCAAUCAUCAGCCUCCAAGGGACUCAAGGCCAUCAGAGAGUUGGACAGGAAGGUGUUUCACGUGCCAUCGCAUGUUCUGCAUCCGGAGCAUAUGUUUUUUGAAAAUCAGUUUACCAGCGAGGAGGAGGAGCAGAAAUCAGCCAAACUGGAGGAGCUAAAGGCAAAAUACCGAGAGAACAUGGCAAUGCUGGCGCAUCUUAAAAUCGAGGCAGACAAAUACGCCGCCAUGGAGGAUCUCAUUAAAAAGGAGAUGGAGAUGCAAGCUCGUGUCCACAGAAACUGCUCCUCGCUUAAUGUGAGCAAGCUGAAACAAUAUUGUUCCCAAGCGACCGCUCAAGUAAAGAAGCCCAUCAGUGACUUACAAAACAAAAUUUAAAUAUUAGUCGUUUUGAUAAAACUUUUCAUUGCGGUAACAUUUUAAAUUUGUUUUUAAAUAGUUAACAACUAAUCCAACCCCCAUCUACUGAUUUAACUUAAACAAUAUAAAAUCUUUCUUAAAUUUGUAAUCAUAUGUUUCUAUGAUAAAUAAAAUGCUAUAUAUACA